AUGGGAAAAGGCACCUUGCAAACCGGUCCCCAACCAGAAACUUUAAUCGGGGACAAGGCCACUCUUUCAACAGAACAAGAGGAUGAAUUGUUCGAGGAGCUCAUCAGAGAUAUGAACAAAAGUGCCAGUGAAAUGAUAUCACCAUAUCUCCUAUGGGUACAGCUUCGUUGUGAGACAAAGCUGUCGGAUAUGGCUCCAGGGAUGAGCGGAAACAAGCACUGGGAUAGACUCAUAAAAUUAGAAGAAAUGCCUCUCAAACUGGCUCAUACCAAUCUUAUUCAACCCGCCUUCAGCAAAACCGCGGUAAUUCGCGAAUUCGCUCGGUUACAAGCAAUUGAGAAUGCAUUAAAGGAAGUGGAAGGAGCAACGCUAACUCCGAUUGAAAUGAAGAUGUCUGAACGGUUUCAUCCGGUAUGGGAAAAGCUCAUGCAAAGCCUUGACCAUCUGGAUGCACAAUGGAGAAACGGCUGCCGACACCAACUGAGCAAUGCUGACCUAUAUAAGAGUAAGACCUUCUUUGUUGUCGGGGAGACGUCUAGAACAGCGGAAAACCAGGAACGAAAUCCUCUUCAAAACACUAAGGCUCCAGAACUGGUUCAGAUACAACAGGCGGUGAUUGAUACCAUUGAGUCAUGUCUUGGAAAUUACAAAACUGCAACCGAUGAGAGGAUUGCAACAGCUGAAGCGAAUUUGUCAAACACUAUACAGGGAUCUGUUCAAACCGAAAUAGCCAACACCGUUCGAACAUCUAUCAAAUCCAUGAUAGAUGAGGCUGCCAUAGCUCUUCAAAUUGCGGAGUUGUCCAAAAUCCAAGUAAGCAAGACUCAAGAGCAAAUCGAGUCUGACGCCGAAACCGCUAAGAGGCUGCAAGAAGAAGAAAGGGAAAGGGAACGGCUGCAGAAAGAAAUUGAGGAGAAAGAUCACGAGUUUGCACAGAAAUGCAACGAGGAAGAACAGGCAGCCAUCCAGGAACCCACACCGGCUCAACCGUCUACCACACCGGCUCAACCGUCUCAUGCUAUGAAAACACGAAACAAGAAGAAACGGAAGGCGGUUGCGGAGGUAAUAAAGCGGGCAGAACAAAGCAGCCAAAGAGUAAUUGUACCGGUCGGGCUGAACGUGCAACCUGUUGCUGAUGAAGAAGAAGAUGAAGAAGAAGAAGAUAUCGAAGAACUUAAUUGGCGCAAGAAGAGGACACUUGAAAUGUCAACCGCAAUUCCAAGCUCUAGACCAAUUGUCGCUCAACCGCCUCAUCAACCAAAACCAGUAGACUUUGAAGAAAUCAGAGAAAACGGUUCGGCUCCGGCAAAGCGAGUUCUAUCCCGGAUUUCCGAGUCCGGCCUCGAAUACUUCCUAGGUGGUCCGUUUGUUCUAAACAAAGAAGCGGUUGAAGAAUUCUUUAAAACCGCAUCUCUCUCCGGCAGAACAAUAACCGCAACGGUCGGUGGUCAGCAGUUCGACAUAACCGAAGAGUCGGUUGCUGAAAUCCUACACCUACCAACAGAUGGACGCAACAUUUCGACAGAUCUAGAUCGAGAAAUCUUCGAGGCGGCUUGCCAGAAGAAGAAAGCCUCCGACUUUACAGAUGGCCGAAAGAAGAGGUCUGCCAAUAAGAAACCGGCUCCGGUAAAGGGCAGACCCGGGAGCAAGAAGGACAAACAAUCGAUAGAAUUUGCGGAUCCGCCCUCUAAAACGCAAAAUGAGGACGAUUCGGCCUCCAGCUCCGAACGAACGGCUUCACAUAAUACCGAAGAAAAUCUCUCCGGUAAAGAAAAAGGACCGAUAGAAGAGGAACAAUCGGUCAGUCUUGAACAUGAAGAUACUGGUGCGGAUAGCCCUGGGGAGGAAGACGUUCACGAUAACAACGACCGGGAGGUGGCCGAGAAUAUAGUGCGCAGAAUCAUGGAGGAAAUCGAUUUGCAGGCUCACGAGGCAUCCGAAGUAUACUUCCGGGAUUCAGAACCGCCCAUUACGGAAAAGAAGGUCAUGACUAUCAUCAACGAAUUUGCCAACACCGUGGUUCGACCGUGGAAGAAGAAAAUUAAGAAAGCCGCGGUUCAAGCAAUCAAGUUGACCGAGACAACAAGGGAUGAUCUUGGCAAGGCAAACGAGCGGAUCACGUCAGUCGAAACCAUAGCCUUGGAGGAAACGACUUCGAAGUUGGUGGAUGACUUCGAGUCGGUUAACCGAAGGAUAGCAGAGAUGGAACGGGUCAUAAGUCUUGAGGAAAGGAACAACAAGCUUGAAGCCGACCUCAAGGCGGUCACUGAGCAGGUGACUGAAUUAAUAAAGAACAAGUUGGCUGCCGAUAAAGCGAUUGAGGAGGCAAACGCUGAGGCGGCUAAGAAACUUCAGGAUGCGCUGGAUGAGGAGAACCGGAAAAAGAAGGAGACACCACGGUCUGAUGCGAACUUCAACGAACGCUUACGGUUAUUAACAGCCAAAAAUCCGGAACUCGCAAGAUCCAUAGCAGCUCAAGAAGCCAAGGAAGCAAAGCGGUUCAACGCUGAGAAACAAAUGUACGACGAAUAUGCCAAGGCUCACAAGAAGACCAAAGUGGUUCCCUCCUCUUUGGCUCCGACAACACGAAAAAGGAAAGUUCCCUUAAGGAAGGCUCAAGUCACCGAGCUGCUGGGCAGAAUCACCGAGACAGUUGUUGACCCUCCACUAAACCCGGCUUUGCAAACCGAGGAUGACUUCGAAAAGGAUCUCGAGCCGCAACCUACAAGACAGCGAGUUUUCGAUGCAGUUCUAGUCAGAACGGUCGGUCAACCGUUCCCUCCUCACCCGGACACCACGGGAGCUGGAGGUUCCUCUUCAAGGUCGGCUCAACCGGCUAAGGGACAACCAACAGAUGAACUGAUGGAAGACUUCCUGCCAUCCAAAUUGAACAAAUAG